CAUUUUCGUCGACAUGAAGCGGCAACUCGAACGGGCUGAUGGAAGUCGCCUGAAUGCACCACUCACCGCAUCCGAACUGGCAUCCUUUGAGAUGUAUGGGUACCUCGUGCUUCCUUACUCACUCAACGACAUCCAACUGAACGAGCUGCGCGACGAAUGCGAUGGGCUUUAUGGCCAAACGAAUGCAGACGACCUUGUCGAGCUCGGUUGUGUGCUGGACAUCUUUGCCUCCGCCAACCGAACGCCCCGCUCCCGUGUGAACGUAGCCGAGUAUGUGGCCUUUCGCAAUACUCUGGUCGGUCGACCAAUGUCGAAAGACCUCCAGACGCUUCUGUUUGACGAACUGCCGCAGCUCAUGCAAUCUCUUUUCCAUCGUCCCAGCGUUUUCUUCUUCAAUGAGCACUUUGUCGUCAAACCUCCGCACUCCAAAGUCGAAUUUCGAUGGCACCAAGACGAUACGGAGCAAUUGGGCAUGUGCGUCCAUCGCGAGGCGAUUCCGUGGUACAUUUCUGCCUGGUGCGCCCUGGACGAUGUCACAGCCACGAACGGCGCGCUGCAGUUUCGACACCUCGACGGGGAAUCUUCCCCGCCCGUUGUAGUUCCAGCAGGAAAAAUCCUCGUCUUCCGGUCCGAUGUGUGGCACUUCUCGGCCGCCAACUCGUCUGAUGCCGUCCGAAGGGCGUUUUACGUGCAAUACUCACCCACUGCCAUCACCAGUAGGCCUUUGGACCACCUUCCGCUCUGUUGCGCCCUUCCUGUGCACCACAAGGCGACUGUGGAGGAUUCUCGAUGCAAAAAACAAGCCAAAUUAAACACAGUUGACCCUACUGGGAACGGGGAAGUUUCCCAUGAUCGAGGAAUUAUUACGCAAGAUUAACACAACAUAUGUGUACUUACGAUAUGGAUGACUGGUUUACUGUUGAUUUAGUCGUAGUUGCUGACGGCGAACUUUUAACGAUAAUGUUGAG